AUGGUGAAUGAAAACCUUCCUGAUCUAGUUUUGAAGUGUUUUGUAAAGCCGUUUAAACACAGCGUCAUGUCUGAGACUACAACAUUUAAAAUCUCUUACAUUUUUCCAAAUGGAGACAAAUAUGAGGGAGAGUGCUCUCGUACCUCAGAUGGUGUGGUAAUAAGGAAAGGGUUUGGCAUACAGACUUCGGCCUCUGGAGUUACAUACACAGGGGAAUGGGAAAAUGAUAAGAUGAAUGGUAGUGGAACUCUUAAACACCCAUCGGGGGCAAUUUACAAUGGCCUCUUCAGAGACAACAUGUAUCAUGACAAAGGAAAUUACCGAUUUCCUGAUGGAACAGAAUACACUGGAACCUUCAACAACAAUAGAUUUGAGGGUGAUGGGGAGUUCACAGAUUCACAAGGACUUGUGUGGACCGGAAUCUUCCACAGGAAAGCAGCACUAGGACUGAAGCUCAAAGUCAACACGUAGCAUGCACCGAUACACACAAACAAAUGUCAUUUCAAGUAAUACAGCAAAACGCUUUAGCUAUUUUUGCCCAUUUUCUUUCUAUUCAAUUGGAUGACAUACAAAUUUGAUUUGACUUUCAUGAGACAAAUUAAACUUAUAACGAUAUUCUAAAGCACUGAAGUUUUGGAGUACAGUAAAUGGACUGCAGAAGUGACAGCAUUUUUAACAAGGAUCUUUUUGGAAUAAACUUUAUUUUGAUUAAUAAUUAAUUUGAGAAAAGCAUCUUAUCAAAAAACAUUUUAAUUUGAAAGCAAAUCACUAAGAAUUACCAUCCAUGAAAUCAUUGUGCAAGAUCUUGCCCGACACACAGUUAGUAGCCCUGAGGUAUCAAUGUGAUCUUUUACAUGAUGAAACAACUUAAGUUCCAGCAGCAUGCACUAAACAGCAAGAAAACAUUGUACGCACAUACAACACUUCAGAAACAAUCAGUACUUUGUUUGGUGGAAGGGGUGAGAGGAAUGUGAUCUUCUGUGAACCACACAUUUCCCAGGCAUUUAAUGACUGCAUCUACAAAAUACAUAAGCAUGCACAAGCAGCUGAGCUUAUGACUGUGGUGAGGAGUCAGGAGUUGUGUAAGACCAUGAAGUUCAAUUUCCUGUCCUCUGGAGAGAGAACAUGUUUUCUCUGCUGAGUUAAACACUGUUGAAAAAACUGGUUUGCUGAUCUUAGGUGGUUUAGCUGGUUGGACAGCUGCCAAGUGCCCUUUUAAACACCUCUAAAACCAGCAAACAGACCAGCUAAGACCAGCUGAUUUUUUUCUUUCUUCCAACUGGGAUCACAAACACAGCCAAUCAUUUUUAAGUGAACCCGAAGACAUUGUGUAGUGUAGUGCAUGAGAGCUACAUGAGAUGAAUUGACAUCUUGUGUAAUGGAAAGCAAGAGCCAUUCUGUUGUGCUGAGUGCUUUUACUGAAACUCUGUGAUUUUA